ACCCUCAGAGCACACGCACACCGUUCACUUCCGGGAUGCUGGCAGGAGGUGAGGCACUUCCGGUUGCGAGCUCCGUGGCCGGAUGACGUGGCUGAGCUACCGCUGAGGAAGCGGCGGGUGUCGGAGCAGGGGCAGUGACAGCAGCAGGCGGUAGAAGGAAGAGGCAGGAGGAGGGAUUACCGAAGCCAUAGCCGCUGUGCGUGAGCCGAGCUGCCUGCUUAGGAUGAGGCCGCAGAGGCUGCUGCUGCUGUGCCUGUACGUGCUGUACGCCCGGGCGGACGAACACGAGCACACGUAUGAUGACAAAGAGGAGGUUGUUUUAUGGAUGAACACAGUAGGACCUUAUCAUAAUCGGCAGGAGACAUACAAAUACUUUUCAUUGCCCUUCUGUGUUGGAACAAAGAAGAGCAUUAGCCACUACCAUGAAACCUUAGGAGAAGCCCUGCAAGGGGUUGAACUAGAAUUUAGUGGCUUAGAUAUUACAUUUAAGGAUGAUGUCAUGCAAACUUCAUAUUGUGAAAUUGAUUUGACGAAAGGCAAGAAAGAUGCUUUUGUUUAUGCCAUCAAGAACCAUUAUUGGUAUCAAAUGUACAUUGAUGAUUUACCAAUAUGGGGCAUUGUAGGUGAAGCUGAUGAAAAUGGAGAGGAUUACUUUCUUUGGACUUACAAAAAGCUUGAAAUUGGUUACAAUGGAAAUCGCAUUGUGGAUGUGAAUCUUACUAGUGAGGGCAAAGUAAAGCUGGUCCCUAACACUAAAGUUCAGAUGUCCUACUCUGUUAAAUGGAAAAAGUCAGAUGUCCGAUUUGAGGAUCGAUUCGACAAGUACCUUGACCCUUCAUUUUUUCAGCACAGAAUACAUUGGUUUUCAAUUUUCAAUUCGUUUAUGAUGGUUAUUUUCCUGGUUGGAUUGGUGUCCAUGAUUCUUAUGCGAACGCUAAGGAAAGAUUAUGCACGAUACAGUAAAGAGGAGGAAAUGGAUGACAUGGACCGUGAUUUGGGAGAUGAAUACGGGUGGAAGCAAGUCCACGGAGAUGUUUUCCGGCCGUCAAGUCACCCUCUUAUGUUUUCAUCUCUAAUUGGAUCUGGAUGUCAGAUCUUUUCCGUCUCUCUCAUUGUAAUUAUCGUUGCCAUGAUCGAGGAUUUGUACACAGAGAGAGGUUCCAUGUUGAGCACUGCUAUUUUUGUCUAUGCUGCAACAUCUCCAGUGAAUGGAUAUUUUGGAGGAAGUCUUUAUUCUAGACAAGGAGGCCGACAGUGGAUAAAGCAGAUGUUUAUUGGAGCUUUUCUAAUCCCAGCAAUGGUUUGUGGAACUGCAUUUUUCAUCAACUUUAUUGCAAUUUACUAUCAUGCAUCAAGGGCAAUUCCAUUUGGGACAAUGGUUGCCGUUUGCUGUAUUUGUUUCUUCGUAAUCCUUCCAUUGAACCUUGUUGGAACAAUUCUUGGUCGAAAUUUGGCAGGGCAGCCCAACUUCCCCUGCCGUGUAAAUGCAGUUCCACGGCCCAUUCCUGAAAAGAAGUGGUUCAUGGAGCCAGCUGUCAUUGUCUGCUUGGGUGGAAUUUUACCUUUUGGAUCAAUUUUCAUUGAAAUGUAUUUUAUUUUCACCUCCUUCUGGGCUUACAAAAUAUAUUACGUGUAUGGAUUUAUGAUGCUGGUUCUGGUUAUACUCUGCAUUGUUACUGUAUGCGUGACUAUAGUAUGUACAUACUUCCUAUUAAAUGCAGAGGACUACAGGUGGCAAUGGACAAGCUUCCUUUCUGCUGCAUCAACUUCAAUCUAUGUUUACAUGUACUCCUUUUACUACUAUUUUUUCAAAACAAAGAUGUAUGGAUUGUUUCAAACAUCAUUUUACUUUGGAUAUAUGGCAGUAUUUAGCACAACUUUGGGAAUUAUGUGUGGAGCAAUCGGUUACAUGGGAACAAGUGCCUUUGUUCGGAAAAUUUACACAAAUGUGAAAAUUGACUGAGAUAUCCAUCGGAAAUGGGAACUGUGGAUCAGUUACUACUUUUUUUUCUGGGGAUGGGGAGAAUUAUGCACAUUAGUGCCAGAAGAGAUUGGGUU